AUGUUGCACAAGGAACUAGACGUUGAAGAAUCAAAGAGAUUUUUCCAUCAUAGCCAUGGGCCUAUGAAGGGUGACCCAGAUGGGUUCGGACUGUUGCCUGAUGGUUCAAGGGUACAGAGUGUUAAGGAUACCAGGGUGGAUAAAUAUUCUGUCCCUAAUAAAGGGUUACAUGAUGAGAAUGUGUACAAUUUAAUCAAAAAUGAGCUAAGACUAGACGGUAAUCCUGUCCUAAAUUUGGCAAGUUUCGUCAAUACCUUUACAGAUGACUUUGCCCAAAGACUUAUCGAUGAAAACUUGAAUAAGAACCUCGCGGAUAAUGAUGAGUAUCCCCAGUUGAUCCAUAUGAAUGAAAGAUGCAUUGCCAUGUUGGCAAGGUUGUGGCAGGCAGACACAACUAGGGAUAAGCCAUUAGGCUGUGCUACAACAGGAUCUAGCGAAGCAAUCAUGCUAGGUGGUUUAGCAAUGAAGAGGCAAUGGGAGAAAAAGAUGAAAGCUGCACAGAAACCCAUUACUAAACCAAACAUCGUUAUGUCGAGUGCAUGUCAAGUCGCUUUGGAAAAGUUUGCCCGUUAUUUUGAUGUUGAGUGUAGAUUGGUACCUGUUGACACCGAGUAUGGCUAUCAUCUAAACCCUAACAAAUUAUGGGACUACGUUAAUGAGAAUACAAUUGGUAUAUUCGUCAUUCUAGGAACUACAUACACAGGGCAUUUAGAGAAUGUGGAGGAAGUAGGGAAAGUGUUAGAUCAAAUAGAAGCACAAAAUCCCGAGUGGAGCAAUAAAAAUAUUCCAAUUCAUGUUGAUGGUGCUUCUGGUGGUUUCAUUGUUCCUUUCGCUUUUACAGAAUCUCAAAUGGCCAAAUAUGGUCUUGGCCGUUGGGGUUUCAACCAUCCAAGAGUUGUUUCCAUUAACACUUCCGGUCAUAAAUUUGGAUUAACUACCCCUGGCUUAGGGUGGAUCGUUUGGAAGAAUGAUGAAUAUUUGCUACCAGAGUUAAGAUUCAAGUUAAAAUACCUUGGAGGAAUCGAAGAGACCUUUAACUUGAACUUCUCUAGACCAGGUUUCCAGGUGAUUCACCAAUACUACAAUUUCCUAACAUUAGGUAAGCAAGGUUACUAUGAGAAGUUCAACCAAUCAAUUUUCGUUGCUCGUUCCUUUGCUUGGAAACUACUAAGGGAUCCUGACUUAAAGGACAUUUUUGAAGUCGUCAGUUGUUUACACGAAAAAAUGAACAGUUCUACCAUCGCCAAUAGUAUCGACGAUUAUUGGGAGAGCCCUCAUCAAUUUAAGCCAGGUAUUCCAUUGUGCGCAUUCAAACUAUCCGAAAAGUUCAAAGCAGAGCAUCCUGAAAUUCCUCAGUCGAUCAUCUCAACUUUGUUGAGACAAAAAGGUUGGAUCAUUCCUAAUUACCCUUUGCCUCAGUCCACUGAUGGAAGCGACAAAAAGGAGGUUUUGAGAGUCGUGUUCAGAAUUGAGAUGAAACUUGAUAUGUGCUUACUGUUGGUUCAAGAUAUCUUUGCAAUUAUCGAAAAAUUGAUAAAGUCGUACGAGUAUUUGAACAUACAUUCUACAAAUAACAAUCACGCUGUGUUCAAAAUACUAAGCACUCUAUCUAACGCAGAUAUGGACGCAGUGAUUCAAGACCUCAGUGAAAUUGAAAUUGAGAAACAAAAACAUGUGAAGAAGAACUAUAGAGGCACUUGUUAA